UCGGGAGCUUCUCGCUUCUAAUUUAAUGAAAUUGCCAUGUUCUUCCCAUUUUAUCCUCACACUUCUUUUUAUUUACGAAAAAACUACGAUAUAAAGGACCAAUUUAUAAUCAAACCAACCAGCCCCCCAGCCACAUUUGUUUCUUCCUCAUCCAAUCACAGAAACAAAUCGAAAUCCAAUCACAGAAACAAAUCGAAAAUACUCAUCCAAUCACAGAAACAAACCAAAAAUACUUAACUAUAUUAUUCCUCAUCCAAUCAAAGAAAUAAACAAAAAAUCCUUACCGUAUUCUUCCACAACAGAUUCCCUCUAACAGAAUUUCUAUUAAAAAGACUAACCACACCAAACAGGCUCUUAUUUUCUUUCAAUUAUCAAUAUAUGUACAUGACAGUCAUUUCUCUCUUUUGUCAUCCACAUCAUCAAGAUUAAACCCACAAGAGGUUCUUACACUGGAAUCUUGCAAAUCGAAGAAUAUGGGUCUUCUUUGCUCGAUUCAAUGCGUUUAAAUUCAAUAAAUUGAAGGAGAGAUCUAACUAAGAAUUACCUGUUUGUUUUUGGUGGAGAUUCACUAUCAUAACCAUUGCAAAUCAAGCUCGAAAUUGUAACUCCUGUGACGUUUAGUUCAAUUGAGGGCCCUAUUUUCUCUCCUCUACCUUACCUUCACCUUCUGCAAACCCUAACCCCUUAACCUCAAAUUGCCCCCAAUUAUCCAUCUCUCUCUCUUGCUAACUCAAAAUUUACUCCCAUCGAGCUUGGAUUGCGCCAACAAACUAAUUUAGGAAACAAGUUCAUGGAACCCAGAUCUGGGCGUGCGAAUAGGAGUAAGAAACCCAAAUCUGGGAACGCGGGUUGCUACACAACGUUUUGGAGCAACGAUCAAAGUCUUCAGUUUUCUUUCAGAUGUCAUCUAUCAUGGCCUCAAUGGCUACAUUGCAGCAGAGGAAGACGACGGAGGAGGUGCAGAAAAAGGAUGUCAUCUACUAGAUCUAGGUUGCAGGGGAUGACGAAAAGGAAGAAUCUGCUAGGAGGAGUUGGGCUAGGAGACGAAACAGACUAGCUUAGAGAAUCUAAAAUGAUGAGCGAAACAGAAGGAGAGGAAUUCUAGGUUUUAGUGGGUUGAUUGGGGAAUUUUGGUGGGUUGACUAGGGGCCAACAGAGGACCAAACAAUCUAAUAAAAGAUGAUGCGAGGG